AUGGAUUUGAGCAAUCCAUUGCGACGGAGGGAGAGGGGCCAAACGUUUGCAGAUAACGAUAACGCGGAACACCAGAGCCUCAUGCAAACUCUGGCAAGGUUGGCUAACGCUUUCGACACCGUCAGGAACGUUUCGGCUAAUGAAGUCCAAGGAAAUGGGAGCGCACCUGCUGCUCCAGCCCCAAUCGACCCGGCACUAGUAAGGACUAGCGAAGCUGCGUCAUCCGCUUUGAGGACGCCCCCUCGCACACCGAACCGCACGAACCAUACAAGAAAGCAUACCAUGGUUGAAGGCUUUGCCAUCCAAGCCCCUUUGAACGUCAAAGAGCGUCCUCAGGAAGCUCAGGGGGGCCAAGGCCAGGUCCAAAUCAGUGGCAGUCAACAAAGAACACCCCCAGGCCACAGAUCACCCCCAGGAGCAUCCGAGUCCGAAACCUUCGUCCACCCAUCCACGCCGGCUUCCAAGUCGCGAUUCUAUUGA